CCUACGCCUUAUCUCUACUGCAUCCACCAACAAACAGAAUAACAUGGUUGAAUCAAACAUGUCGCAGCGAGCUGGACAGGCCGCCGAAUCAGCAAAACAAGUCCCUUGGCAUGUCAUGUCGGAUACAUGGUCUCCCACCACCAACCCCAGCGGCUAUGUCAACGUUGGCGUCGCAGAGAACAUGCUGAUGCACGAUACGUUGCUGGAAUAUAUCAACACAAAACUCAGUCUGCCGGCAAAAUAUCUUACUUACCAUGACGGCGCGACGGGGUCAGAUCGUCUCCGACGCGCUAUCGCGGGUUUCCUGAAUAAGCAUUUCCAGCCGGCCUAUCCUGUGGUUAGCGAUCAUUUAGCCGUGACGAAUGGUGUCUCUUCGGCUAUCGAGCAUGUGUCGUGGGCAUUCGCGGAUCCGGGUGAGGGGAUCCUCCUGGGAAGACCGUACUACGGAACAUUCAUCCCCGACAUGUCGCUCCGGCCUAGCACCGCAGUUAUUCCUGUCGAGUUCCAGGACUGUGAUCCAUUCAGCCUCGAAGCUGUGGAUCGAUACGAGAAGGCGUUACUUAAUUUUCAGAAGUCCGGUCGACGAGUUCGCGCGUUGAUGCUAUGCCACCCGCAUAAUCCGUUAGGACGGUGUUAUCCCCGCGAGACGUUGAUCAAUUUAAUGCAGCUGUGCCAAAAGUAUCAGUUGCAUUUUAUCAGUGAUGAGAUCUAUGCUCUUUCUGUAUGGGAGAAUACGAUCGAUGAAUUACAGUCUCCGCCUGUGCCGUUCGAGUCUGCUCUUUCAAUUGAUACGGCCGAUAUCAUCGACCCGGGCCUCGUUCAUGUGCUGUGGGGUAUGAGUAAGGACUUUGGAGCGAAUGGUUUGCGGCUGGGCGUGAUUGUCUCACAGAAUAACGCGGACCUUCACAUGGCAUUGAAGGGUGUGACCUUGUACAGCUACUCUUCCUCCGUCUCAGACCACCUGGCUUCUAUCAUCCUAGAAGACCAUGCUUUCACCGAACGCUAUAUCAAGCAAAACCAACAGAAACUCUCCGAAUCUUACGCAUUUGCCGUCCAGCUUCUUAAGGACAAUGGCAUCGAGCACGCUGCCGGUGGCAACGCCGCGUUCUUCCUCUGGAUCGAUCUGGGUCGGAAAUAUCGCGAGGUACACCCGGAUGAGCCUGAGGAUUCCGAUGCAGGUGGGAAGGUGAUGACAGCACUUAUGGAGAAGAAGGUAUUUGUAUCGAGUGGGGCUUUGUUCGGGUCAGAGCAUAGUGGAUGGUUCCGUCUUGUGUUUUCGCAGCCGCGGGAGUAUAUUGAGGAGGCGUUGCGGAGGGUCAUGUUGGCGAUGGAAUAAGUCAAUUCUGGGAUUAGAAUACUGUGCACAGUAAACAUUUUCAAUUAAUAUGUACAUAAAACACAUUGCUGGAUGCUUGCUGUUUCUUCGAAACGUACACAGCAUUACAAUGCUAGUAUUGGCGACCAUUAUCGUAAAAAGCAUAAUGUCGAAAAAAUUCCGAGU